AUGUCAAAGAAGGUCACCUCCGAAAACGUCCCUCCCAAGCAGGAAGGCGUCGGUGCCGUUCCUCCGGAUUCCCUCGCUGCCGAGUCGAUCCGCUCCGGCGGUGCCUUCGCCCAAGGCAACCCGUCCGCCUCCGCGGGCGAUUCGGCCUCGCAGAACCAAGGGGCCAAGGCUCCCUUCAGUGCCCAUCAGAGUCACCCCACAUCUCAGCAGCAGCACGAGAAUUCAGAGCAGGGUAGCAAGGCACCGACCUACAUCUGGGCCGGCCAGGACGUAAGUGAUAAGUCCAGCCCACAUGGCAAGAACAUCAAGGAGGGCGGAUUCGCGGGAAGCGGAACCGAGGGCGGCAUGCCGGAGCCUGGAAGCAAGAAGGAUCCCGGGCGCGUCGCGUUGAAGGAUAUGUUGGCUAGCACCGGAACUGCAGGCAAUGAGGGUGCUGGCAAGGGAAGCCAGGAGGAAGUCAAUACCAAGGCAACGGAGACGGGCCAGAAGGGAUUUGGAGCUUUGGGAGGGGACACCGAGGCUUAG